AUGUCUUCUUUCAAUUCAUUGAGGACCGUUUUCCGGCUUAUUUUCCUCGAUCGAAUUCGCCAUCUCUUUAGCCGAAAUGUGAAAUGGUCGCUUUCUCUCAUCACGUGGAUAUCAUUUCUCUUUUAUUGGUACCAAUCGCUGAUCGUCGGUGUGAUCGCUCGUGGCCUUCCCGAGUCUUGCAGUCACAAUUUCUUUGAAAUCAAUCUCAUCUGGGUGCUCAUCGCAUGCAUUUUCUUCUCGGCUAUGUACUCUCCGCCAAAACCGAUUCCCGACGAGUAUAUCAUCGAUAACGAAACGAUCGACGAGGAACGAAGAAAAGCGAUUGAGAUGGAAAAUCUCCCAGUAUGUCGUCGUUGUGAUGUUUACAAACCGCCAAGGGCUCAUCAUUGCAAAAUUUGUCAGCGUUGUAUUCCCCGAAUGGAUCAUCAUUGCCCGAUACUACAGGCAAUAUUUGAUCAUUCUUCAUCAAAGUUUAUGUGGAGAAUAACUGUGAAGAUCAUAAAUGGAAAUGAACCAUCGACAAUCGAUCAUUUCAUUAUUGGAGCGUAUUGUAAUGCGGCGAUAAUCGCUAUCGGUGUCACGUGGUUAUCUUCAAUUCAGCUCAAACAAGCCAUUCGCAACCGAACAACCAUCGAGCAGAAUAAAUUGGAAAAGCUCACCGAACAGGAUGAAAGCUUGAUUGAAGAGAUUUACGAUUUGGGCUCGGUGAACGCCAAUUUGACUGAGGUGUUUGGUGAACCGCCAAAAACUCCACAACUAGUAUCGUUUCUUCGGCCAUUUUUCAAGAUAAUCUACUGGUUGUCGCCGAUUGAUUCGAUGCAC